UUCACAAAACCUUUUGUUGCUUUCCCGCUACCACACGAUUCCUAACUCUCAUCUAACAAUGCCCUUUUAAGAAGAAGAAGAAGAAGAAGAAGCUGAUCAUGGCUUCGGUUUGCGUUAAUGAUGCUUUAACCGACGACGAGCUGAGAUGUGUAUUGUCCAAGCUAGACAGAGACAAGGACAAGGAAGUGUUUAGUCUUGUCUGCAAGAGGUGGCUACACCUGCAGAGCACAGACCGGAAGAAGCUGGCGGCGCGUGCUGGUCCACACUUGCUUGGCCGUCUCGCCUUCAGGUUCACUCAAAUCGUCGAGUUGGACUUCUCUCAGUCAGUCUCCAGGUCGUUUUAUCCAGGUGUCACUGAUUCUGACCUCACUGUCAUAGCCGACGGAUUCAAGUGUCUCAGAGUUCUUAACCUCCACAACUGCAAAGGUAUUACCGAUACUGGGCUAGCCUCAACUGGAAGGUGUCUUUCUUUACUGCAGUUUCUGGAUGUAUCAUACUGCCGAAAGCUCUCAGACAAAGGACUAUCAGCUGUUGCACAAGGCUGCCAUGACCUAAGGACAUUGCAUCUAGCUGGUUGUCGUCUCAUCACAAAUGAGUCUCUAAAACAACUCUCUAAGUGCUGCCGCGGCUUGGAAGCUCUUGGCCUUCAAGGCUGCACCAACAUCACUGAUUCAGGCCUUGCUGAUCUUGUGAAGGGAUGCAGAAAGAUAAAAACCUUGGAUAUCAAUAAAUGCAGCAAUGUAGGAGAUGCUGGAGUUUCCAGUGUAGCCAAAGCUUGUGCAUAUUCACUCAAGACGCUCAAGUUGCUUGACUGUUACAAAGUUGGUAACGAAUCUAUAUCGUCUCUUGCUCAGUUUUGCAAGAAUCUGGAGACUCUGAUCAUCGGUGGAUGCAGAGACAUCUCUGAUGAAUCUAUCAUGAUACUUGCACAUUCUUGUAGAGACAGCCUCAAGAGCCUGAGGAUGGAUUGGUGCUUGAACAUAUCUGACUCUUCCCUUACUUGUAUUCUGAAGCAGUGCAAGAACUUGGAGGCUCUUGAUAUUGGUUGCUGUGAAGAGGUUACAGACAAUGCUUUUCUGGAUUUGGGGAGGGGUGAUGUUUUGGGAUUGAAGGUUUUGAAGGUGAGUAACUGUCCCAGGAUCACAGUGAAAGGGAUAGGCAAGGUUUUGGAGAAAUGUAAGUCCCUGGAGUACAUAGAUGUAAGGUCUCUUCCUCAUGUGACAGAGGUAAGAUGUACUGAGGCUGGCCUAGAGUUCCCUAAAUGUUGUAAAGUUAACUUCUCUGGAAGUUUAACUGAACCAGAUGUUCUGUUGGGAUACUCUGGUCUGCCCUAAACCCUUUGUAAUCUCUCUUUAUAUAUCUCUCUGUGUAUGAAUGUGAUCAUGGCUUAUGGUCCAUCAAUGAGUACAUUUUUGUGCAUUGUAUAUUUGGUUGUGUUGGCUUCUUUAUUAUUCUUCAGUUGCUUUGUAAA